AGAAUCAAGCUUCAUAUUUAGGAAUUCCUAAAGAUGAGUUAUUAUUUUUUCUAGCCAAUAGGCAAAUUCACCUAAAACCUAUAGCGAAUAUACUGAUUCUUAGAAAAAGGCUAACUGAACUGAAAAUGACUGAUUUAAUCGAUCUUGAAGAAGUAAAAGAUAAUAAAGAUUCUGAUAUGGAAAUAGAGGAAUUUUACAAAAACCAAAAAAAUCAAGAAUCACAAGAUUCAGUUGUUCAAGAUUAA